AUGACCCGAACGAAGCAGACUGCACGAAAGAGUACCGGAGGAAAGGCACCCAGGAAGCAACUGGCUACCAAGGCUGCAAGAAAGAGCGCACCUUCCACCGGCGGUGUGAAGAAGCCUCACCGAUACAGACCAGGAACCCGACUGGUCAGAGAAAUCGCCCAGGACUUGAAGACUGACUUGCGGUUCCAGAGCACUGCCAUCAUGGCUCUGCAGGAAGCCAGCGAGAGCUACUUGGUCAGCCUGUUCGAGGACACCAACUUGUGCGCGAUCCACCCCAAGAAAGUCACGAUCAUUCCCAAGGACAUCCAGUUGGCUCGACUAAUCCGAGGAGAGCGAGCUUAA